CUGCAGAUGGCCAUAUUGAGUCGUUUUAUCUUAAAUCCAAUGGGAAACGCUUACUCGUGGGCAUGAUAAAAUACUUUAUCGUACCUGUCAUAGCUGGAGCAUGGAAAUUGCCAUUAAGGGCUUCCAUUUUAACGUAGUCAACUGAGUAGAGAUUCCUAUGAGUUGGGCACAAUCAACAUUAAGAUAAUUUAGUACUUUAAAAUGGCGCUUCCCAUGCGGUCACAGACGCUGUAAUGGCACGGAUACAAAGACAACUACUAUAUUGCUAUGGCCUGUUCACACGCGUGUAUGCCCUUGUACUACAUAUAAUGAUUUCGCCUCCUCCAGCCUGCCUUCCAUCUUUGAGGACAUGUAUUUCCAUUGUUAGUGUUCACUUGACUAUCUUGUCGAUAUAAUAGACACACUUCGAUUGGUGCCACGUUCGAAACAACUGGUAACUCGGAAAUCACCGACUUCAGUGUGUUCAAAACAAUUUGGAACUCGGGAAAAAAACGAGCUCCUACUGGGAAAAAUCGAUUUGAACGGUCUUCCAACUCGGGAACUCGGGCCUCUAAAUCUAGAUAGCGACCUGAAGAACACUGACGUCAUGAUUUUACCUCGUAUUUUUUUCCGAGUUCCCAGUUUGGAACGCAGCAUUAGAUCACAGGCCUGCGUCAUCAUUACGCGUUUUAUGUACACGGAAGUAGCCAGCAGAAAACCAAAAACAGGACGAAUACAGAAGGUAAUUUUUAUUUAUCCACCGCUAACAAACGUAAAUAUCCCCAUGUGUUUUCAUCACACGUUUAUCAAUGUCUCUUAUCAGAUAAUAUUGGCUUAUCAGGAUUGAUCUGCAUGCUGCCCUCUUGUAGUUAGCUUGUAUUAUCCUACCGGUGUGCCACGUUACCAAACAAAAUCGUACACUUUUGCAAAGGUUUAGUGAAAGUAUAUUUGCUUGUGGUGUUGCUACUGCUGUAAAGAACCAAAACGCAUAACUUGGGCAGAUCACAACCAAGAGUCGCUGUAGCGCGGCUAGGAAAGUAACCGAAAGGUUGCUCGUUUGAAUAGUUAGGCCAGUAACCGAAAGGUUGUUAGUUUGAAUCCCCGAGCCGACAAGGUCAAUAAAUCUGCCGAUGUGUCCUUGAGCAAGGCACUUAGUCCUACUUUCGCCAGGGUCACCGUUGAUAAUGUCAGACCUUGGCCGUAACCCCACUCUCCAAGGUUGUCUCAGGAAGAUUUGUGAUAUGCAAAAAAAGAUUUGUGAUAGGCACCAAACCCAAAUAUAAACACCCACCAAAUUAUUAUCAAUUGCACAGGUGACUGAAUAAUUUAUGACAAGUGAAAUUGACACUGCAUCAAUCCGUGUAACAUAGUGGAAUGGACUGGAUUUCAUGUUUCAGUAUGUUCUUUACACAUAUAUCCCAUACUCGCCCUCUCUCUCCCAAGGCUUUCCACUUGACCUCACUUUCAAUUCCACUAAACCUAGUCUUUUACCUCGUAUGCACUCCAUCUCUCUCCCAAUUCAAUUUAAGGGGCUUUAUUGGCAUGGGAAACAUGUUUACAAUGCCAAAGCACAAGUUCCAAAAUAAAGACAUGUUGAAUGACAUAUGUCUGUAUACAGUGUUGUAGCGAUGUGUAAAUAGUUCAAGUACAAAAUGGAAAAUAAAUAAAUAUGGGUUGUGUCUCUCUCUCUCUGUCCAUCUGGGUGUUGGUGUGUUGAGUUAUGCCCCAGAGAGGAUGGGCCAGGCCCUGUGUAUCUGUUCCCGCGGCUCCAUCACCAUUGACAACAAAAGAUACUACUUCAUCCAGAAACUAGAUGAAGGAGGGUUCAGCUAUGUGGACCUGGUGGAGGGGGUGCAGGACGGGCGUUUCUACGCCCUGAAGAGGAUCCUGUGCCAUGACCGGGAGGGUCGCCAAGAGGCUCAAACAGAGGUGGAGAUGCACCGUCUCUUCAGCCACCCCAACAUCCUGGGCCUGGCAGGGCACACCUUCAUAGAGAGGGGGGGCAAGAGUGAGGCCUGGAUACUGCUGCCCUACGUUCAGAAGGGCAGUCUGUGGUCAGUGCUAGAGAAGCUGAGGGACAAGGGCAGCUUCAUGCCAGAGAGACGCAUCCUGAAGGUCCUACAGGGCAUCUGUUCUGGACUGAAGGCCAUGCAUGACAGAGGCUACGCACACAGAGAUCUGAAGCCUACCAAUGUACUCCUAGAGGAGGAUGACAGGCCGCUGCUGAUGGACCUGGGUUCUAUGAACCGCUCCAGGAUGGAGGUCAAGGGGACCAGGGAGGCCAUGACAGUACAGGACUGGGCAGCUCAGAGGUGUACUAUAUCGUACCGCGCCCCUGAGCUCUUUAACGUGGAGAGCCACUGCGUCAUCGAUGACCGUACAGACAUUUGGUCUCUAGGCUGUGUACUGUACAGCAUGAUGUUCCUGGAGGGGCCCUAUGACAUGGUGUUCCAGAAGGGAGACAGUGUGGCCCUUGCUGUCCAGAACCCAGUUACCAUCCCUCAGCCAUGCAGUUACUCUGAAAGCCUACAGAACCUGCUGAGCUCCAUCAUGGUGUCCAACCCCCAGGAAAGACCCGACGUCAACUGGAUCCUGGACCAGAUACAGGACAUGACGUGUUCCAGCCCCAACACACAGACCAAUAUGGUAUGAUGCUCCUGAUCGGGGAACUAUGGCAAGCCUGGCUCCUCUCUGGUUCCCCUCUGGUUCCAACAUCUGUGGGUGAUGAACUUUGAACUUUAUGACCUCUGGACUGUUGUAAUGGCGACCCUGACCUCGUCGUUUUCCUCUAGUCUUAGAAGCUCAGGGGAUCCUACCCCAUACACACACACCCGCUAUUCGGCAGUUGAAACCACAUAGACUUAUGUCACAGGUGUUCACUGUCCUCCAUAUGCAUGUGCAACAAUAUGCUCCUACAUAGUGUCGGUCAGCUCCACAUCCAGCUCCCCUUGGGGAAAUUGAGAUUUGGGUGGAGCCAUUUUAUGACUGCUAGUGAAUAGGAAACCCCAUGGGUUAAACUAUCAUCAGACACUACGGUUGAAGGGGACAUCGGACCAGGAAAAGGACCUAUGGUAAAUUCCAGACAGACGGUUUCCAUGGAAAUGUACUCGGCCAUAUCUUAUAUCAGCUUCAAAGGGAUUUUAAUAAUAACUUGAUUCCAGACCUGGGUUCAAUACAUUAGUAUUUAUUAAAUACUUUUUCGGUGUAUUUGAGUAUUUUCAAAUACACAGGCCAAAUGUUAUUUAUUUAUUUGAGUAUUUCAAUGGUUAUUUGUAAAAACCAAAUAGUCGACUAAAUUGUAUUUGAAAGUAUUUUCAAAUACUAUUUUCAAAUACCUGGGUUAAAUGCAUGGGAGUGUAUUUGAGUGUUUUCAAAUAGUUUCCAAGUGUAUUUCCAAAUACAUUCCAAUAUUCAUCUAAUUGUUUUUUCAAAAAAAGGUUAUCUGAAUGUAUUGAAAAGCAAUUGAAAUACCUGAAAUAGUAUUUUGAACCCAGGUCUGAUUGAUUCAUCCGUAUCACAUCUGAACUUCUUUCAAGUCCAUCAUAACUGUAUUUAUUUGUUAUCACAUAAUGCUAUACUGUAGCAGUUCUCUAUUCUCCAUUUGUGACACGUUCAUUUAGGCCUGUAUGUAUUUGGCAAUACCUCACAUGAUUCUGUUUUGAGUGUCAAUAGGAAGAUAAGUUCAUCUGGUUUUAAGUCUCUCAGCAGGUUUUGCUCAGUUAACUCUCACUACAGUUGCUUGAUAGGAACUUUUUAAUGAUUGCUUUUUUAAAACUGUUAUUUUUGUGUGCGUCUAUUUAAGGAGCAAUGAUUUAUUUGUCCAUGUAAAUGCUAUAUGAAUAUGUUCUAAAUAAGCCAAUGAAGUUGGAAUGCAGGCGUUAAUGAUGAUUUCAAUGGAACAAUGUAGAAUGUACUGGAACUAUAAAUGGUGGUUGUUGGCUAUUUUGGACUGUUUGUAGCCUAAUUCAGCCCGUCCAGGAAUUUGCGAUAUUGUGAUAAAAUAAUAGGGAAUUGCAUAAUACUGUUAAUACAACACUGAAGGCUUUGCUUGUUUCUCAUAAGAUUGAUGUUGUAUAGGCAUUUUUUUAUUUAUUUUUUAUUUACAUUUGUGGUACAUCUUAAUUUGUUCUGUAUAAGAGGCCCUUUUCACAUACUUUUAGAGUUGUCUGAGGGCCUGACUUUCUUGACGUUGUCAUGUGGCUUUUAUUCCACACGGGGGAGCCGUGUCCUACACGUUGGUCAAAGCAGAGGGAGUCGGGGUCUCAAUGUUGUCUUACUUAGUUUGGCCAGACCUGUAGAUCUGAGAGACUCACUCAGUAUGUGAACAUAUGCAAAACCUCUACUCUGAUAAACACCAGGGAAUAAAAUGGUACUGAUUCUGA